ACUCGAAAGGCUAAUGGCAGUGGUGCCAAUGUUGGUAGCAGACUGGUAUAUAAAUACCAGAACACGUUAUACAUCAGAUUUAUUAACUUUCAGCGCUCCUCAACUACAAUAUGGAUUACUUUGUGCCUUUGCAGUUCGAUAAUCGUCCGAUUAAAUUACCCAUACAGAUAACGGGUUACAAAUUCAAUUGCCUUUGGCCACUCAAAGAGGACGCCAGCGUCUUAUGGCGCUUGUUCAAUAACGUCUGUCUCAGUGUGAGCGUACUCUGUUAUAUCGGCACUAUUUUGGGCGAAUUUACCUUCAUUGCCGAGAACCUGUGCACCUCCUUCAUGGGCGUGCAAUAUAUAAUACGUAUAUUUGUGCUGCUCAGUCGACAGCGUCCGUUGCGACAACUACUGCGAAACUUCUAUCGUGACAUUUAUUUUACCGACGCUGAUGAUGCAGCACUCUGCAAGGAAAUCAACUCGAUAAUACGUUUCAUCAAUAUAUUCACGCAAUUCUACUAUGUGCCGAUGGUGCUGAUACUCGGGCUGUACGUGUACGAAGUGGCGAGCGUCGGUAUGGCGUCACCUGACAAACCGUUCAUCUAUCGCAUGUCCUUUCGUUGGUAUGACGCACAGGCACCGCUGCAAUUCAUCAUCACCGCCAUCUACUCCGGUUGGCUGACGAUUUCGUGUGUGACAAUAUGGACCGCCGAGGAUUAUACGCUCUGCAUGGUCCUCUGUCAUGCCAGUUUUCGCUAUAAGAAAUUGCGCUUGGAUUUGGAGCAACUGCUGGAGACGGCACGUGCGGAUCUCAGGAGCGGCGAGACACGUUGCACGAAUCUGAAUUUGCAUAUAGCCUUUCGGCGACGUCUUUGCGAUAUUUUCCAGCGGCAGCAACGUUUGAAUGGCUUCGUUGCCGAGGCCAAGGCUCAUUUCACCCACCAAAUAUUCUACGUUAUGUCCUUUGGCGUUCUGCUGUUGUGCGUUGUGUCCUUUCAAUUUCAAAGCUCUCCAAUCAGCGUGGAGUGGAGCAAAUAUAUUUCUUGGAUCAUUUCGCAAACUUCGCAAUUUCUGUUAAUUGGCUAUUUCGGUCAAAUGCUGAUGGAUGAGACCACGGAGCUGCGUAACAGCUUCUACUGUUGCCGCUGGGAGGAUUUGUUGGCGCUCGGCGAUCUGCGUAGCAAUAAAUUGUUGUUGGGUGACGUACAAUUUGCCAUCAUGAAUUCGCAGGAACCCAUCGUUUUCGAUGGUAUGAAAUUUUUUCCAUUAACUUACAGCACCGUGAGUUCGGCUCUGCGCUCUGCUGUUUCGUAUUUUAUGUUUUUGAACACCAUGAGCGAAAAUUGAUUUAUUGUAGUAUUUACUCUUGCUUACGUAACUUGGUAGUCGUGCUGGGCUUGGAAUGCUGUGAGAAAUAAAAUA